AUGAAGCCAGGCAUGCAAGCAAAGUUUCUAACUCAGGAUCAGAUCAAUGAAUUCAAGGAAUGUUUUUCCCUGUAUGACAAAAGGCAGAAAGGCAGAAUCCAGGCCAGCGAUCUGAUCGUUGUCAUGCGCAGUUUGGGCACCAGCCCAACUCUUGGAGAGGUGACCAGGCACCUUCAGGUCCACAAAAUUGAUGUCAAUGAAGAGCUGGAUUUUUCAACUUUCCUGACCAUGAUGCAUAGGCAAAUACAGCAGGAAGAUCCAAGGAAUGAAAUCUUUCUGGCCAUGUCAAUGGUAGACCAGCAAAAGACCGGAUUCAUCUCCGUGGCUGAAUUGCAGGCAAAGCUCAUGAACCUUGGAGAAAAGCUAUCCAAGGAAGAGGUGGACACCCUUUUGAAGAAUGCCAGAGCUGGACACAACGGACUGGUGAAGUAUGAAGACUUAAUUCAAUCAAUCACGCUUGCAGUUGAUGAUUAUUGAAUUGCAAAAAGAUACUUGGCUGAAGGCAACCAUGCAGCCUUCAUCGAUUCUUCCUGGAACCUGGGCUCUGCUUGCCUUUUUGUCUUUAAAAAUAACUGCUUUGUGGCAAACAAAAAUAAAUAUGUUAAACAAUUAAUAAAAAGCAGAAAUGUUGGCUCUUUCUUGUGUGAAAUCUAUUGGGCUUAUUUUCCGUUUCAGCUAAGUUUCUUUGAUUUUUUUUAAGUAGUCAAAAAGAAGGUGCUCAUGAACUGGAAAUACUUUUCAGUAUCAUGCAAUCUAUAAAGUUUGAUUUUGUGAGGUGGCACAUUGUAAAGAAUCUGUAUGAUUCAGCUGUGUUGUGAUCACUGAACUCGAUGUGAGGAACGCAUCAGAAGCAGCUACUGGAACCAGAGAUUCUCACGGGGUUUUAAGAAGAAUCUGGUAACAAGGGGCUGAGCAGUCAUCCCACUCGCACGACAACGUACCCAGAUACUCAUAAAGUGUUGUACAGACUCUAGAUUGGCAGCUCUUGGUUUCAAAGGCAGCCAGAAAUAGCAAGCUACAACUAAGGUCCUUUCAAUUUGCACUG